UGUGACCCCGCUAGAUUCAAUAUGCUUGGGUUCGAUAUCGCUGAAUUUGCAUUUUGUGAUAAAUCUCUUCCAUACGAGGUUAGGGCCAAGGAUCUAGUAGACCGAAUGACCUUGGCAGAGAAGGCCGACCAAAUGGGACAUGGCACCAGUGUUGGUAUCCCAAGGAUAGCAUUACCACCAUACAAUUGGUGGUCCGAGGCACUACAUGGCGUCUCUAAUACUGGACCCGGCACUCACUUUGACUCGGUUGUUCCCGGUGCAACAAGUUUUCCAACUGUUAUUCUCACCGCCGCGGCCUUCAAUCAGACCCUUUGGAAAACUAUUGGCAAGUGUGUAUNAAGAGCAAUGUAUAAUCUAGGACGAGCAGGAUUAACAUUUUGGAGUCCUAACAUCAAUGUAGUGAGAGAUCCUAGAUGGGGAAGAACUCUGGAGACACCAGGAGAAGACCCAUUGGUGGUUGGACUGUAUGCGGUCAACUAUGUAAGAGGCUUGCAAGAUAUUGAAGGACAAGAGAACACUAGUGAUCCAAAUUCUAGGCCUCUCAAAGUUUCUGCAUGUUGCAAGCAUUUUGCUGCUUAUGAUCUCGAUAAUCAUGAUGGUCUUGAUCGAUAUCGUUUCGAUGCAAAGGUGGCUGAACAAGAUAUGAUAGAGACUUUUAAUAAACCCUUUGAGAUGUGUGUCAAAGAUGGUGAUGUUAGCAGUGUUAUGUGCUCUUAUAAUCGUGUCAAUAGCAUUCCAACUUGCGCUGAUUCCUAUCUUUUGAAAAAAUUAGUCAGAGAAGAUUGGAAUUUACAUGGGUAUAUAGUAUCAGAUUGUGAUUCUAUUAAAGAAAUUGUGGAAAGACAAAAAUGGCUUAAUGACACAGUGGAGGAAGCUUCGGCUCAAGUGCUAAAAGCAGGUUUGGAUUUGGAUUGUGGAGAUUCCUACAAAAGUCUUGUAAAGGCAGUGAAGCAAGGAAAAGUUGGAGCGGCUGAUAUGGACAAGUCGCUCAAUUACCUUUAUGUAGUACUGAUGAGGCUAGGAUUUUUUGAUGGAAUUCCGUCCCUGGCGUCACUUGGCAAAAACGACAUAUGUUCAGAAGAAAAUACUGAAUUAGCAGCUGAAGCAGCUAGACAAGGGAUUGUGCUUCUUCAGAAUGAUAAUGAAACUUUGCCAUUAGACCCUGCAAAGUUAAAAUCUCUAGCACUAAUUGGGCCACAUGCCAAUGCGACUGGAGUAAUGAAAGGAAAUUACGCAGGUAUUCCAUGCAAGUUCAUUUCUCCACUUGAGGCUUUUUCUGCAUUAGGACAAGUGACUUAUGAAUUGGGAUGUGACGUGAAAUGCUCGAAUUAUUCCACGGUGCAAUCAGCCGUCGAUGUCGCCAAAAAUGCAGAUGCUACUUUACUUUUUGUAGGCUUAAAUUUAGACGUAGAGGCUGAAUCGCGUGAUCGAGAUAAUCUUCUCCUUCCUGGUUAUCAAACUCAUCUAGUUAAUAAGGUUGCUGAAGCUUCAAAAGGUCCAGUUAUUCUUGUCGUCAUGGCUGCCACUGCACUUGAUAUUUCUUUUGCUAAAAUCAACCCCAAAAUCAAAUCCAUCUUAUGGGUUGGAUAUCCUGGUGAACAAGGUGGUCGUGCUAUUGCUGAUGUUGUUUUCGGAAACUACAAUCCUGGAGGGAGGUUGCCACUUACAUGGUACGAGGCUAAUUAUGUUGAUAAAUUGCCGAUGACUUCCAUGUCUUUAAGGCCAGUUGGGAAGUAUCCUGGAAGAACCUACAAGUUCUUCGAUGGCACAACAAUUUAUCCUUUUGGUUAUGGAUUAAGUUAUACAAGCUUCAAAUAUGAGUACAAUUCUGCAGAAAUGUCUCUUGACAUAAAAUUGAAUAGGCUUCUUCAUUGUCACAACCUGCCUUAUAAUGAUACAAAUUACAAGCAAAAUUGCCCUUCAGUUCUGAUUGAUGAUUUAACAUGUGAUGAUGAAAUUGCUUUUGAAAUCACAGUACAGAAUGUUGGGCAUAGAGAUGGAAGUGAUGUUGUGCUGGUUUACUCAGUCCCUCCGGAAGAAGUCACUGGAACUCAUAUCAAGCAAUUGGUUGGAUUUGAAAGGGUUUUUUUACAAGCAAACGAGAGCAAGAAUGUCAAGUUUGUGCUUAAUGCUUGUCAGAGCUUGAACAUUGUUGAUGUCUCGGGUUAUAGACUUUUGCCAUCUGGUUCCCAUAAAAUUGUAGUGGGAGAUAAUGUAAUAUCAAUUCCCGUAAAAGUUAGUUAUAGUCUAUAA